AUGAAGAAAAACCCAACUGAAGAUAUAUUAAAUAAAAUGGGCUAUGCUUUUUCGAAGUUCAGCGGAGAGGCGACAACGGAAUUGAACGAUGAAGGCACCUCCACACCUAAAGGAAAAUGCCGUGUGUUGGACAUUGAUCCCCGUUCGCCCAACGUAGGAAUUUCGAGGACCCCAAUCACCGUGAAUUGCACACCGAAAGCCGGCACCGACGAGAACUCCCAGGGCACUCCAACUAACAAAGCGAAGACGAUGCAGCAACAAUUAUUCAUGAAGAAAAAGCCCGAUUUGUUGUUCUCAGAGAGCGACUUCCAAAACUCGGACAACUGUGAAGCGUCGAAAGACAAG